GACUCACAGCAGCGGGGCAGCAGCAGGUGUGGGGCCCCACGCCGUCCCCGGGGUCCCGCAGGCCGCAGAGUGGGGCAGGAGGCUCAGGUGCCCCGCAGCCAUGGCCGAGAGCCACAGCUGGUGGAAGCUGACCUUCCUGAGGAAGCGUAAAUCCAUGCCCAAGGUGCUGUACGACAGCCCCGACAUCCACGCCGGCGACGGCCCCGAGGCUCCGGGUGAGGAGGGGACGCCCGACUUCGCCGCCCGCCUGGAGAAGAUCGUGGAUAAAAGCACCAAAGGGAAACACGUCAAGGUGUCCAACUCCGGCCGCUUCAAGGAGAAGAAGAAAGUGAGGCCCACGCUGGCUGAGAACCCCGGGCUGUGCGCAGACGGCGAACGGGAGGACAAAUGAGGCUGGGAGGGGGCACAGGGACGGCGGUUUGGGUCCAUCCCGCACCCCCUCCCCACCCCCCCACCCACCCACCGUGGGCCCCCGGUGCUGCCCCAUUGACACGACGGACAUGGGGGGCUCAUCGCUGCACCCCCCCAAUGGCACUUUGUUAGGACAACAGGCUCGGAUAGGGCUUUAUUUAAGGAAGAAACAAGAAUCCUAUUUAAACGCAGCCCUGGCGGGCGCUGGCUGCCAGCUCACCCCAUGGCAAAGGGGGAACGGAUGGGGCAGGGAGUGCUGCAGGGCACGGCCCCAACACGGCGCAUCCCCUCGCUGUGCUAUGGGGACCCCACGGGCAGCGCUGGGCUGAGUCCUGCUGGGAUGGGGCAGCCCAGGACAAAGCACUCAGGGCUCAGCUCGGCUGCGGGACCACCGGAGCCCCUUCGCCGUGUGCAGACACGGAGGUGACGCCAGGACAAAGCUCUGCUCAUCCCCACAGCCCGAGGAGCUGCGCAGCCCUCUGCGCUGAUCUUUGCACUGCUGGAUGCAGCCGAGCCUGGCCAAAGGAUGGGCCGCUGCAGAGGAGACCAUCGGGACCUGGGAGGGCUCCAGGAUUCCCAGCAGGAGCUGCAUUCGUGCCCAGGACCGGGAAUUGCUCUUUGCUCCCGGAAGGGGAGAGCUGCUCACAGAGCAGGACGAGUGAGCUGAGCUCACCGGAGCUCACAGCCUCCCUUUUUGUUGGUCUUCUGGGUUUUUUUUAUUACGGAAGCUGAGCCUUUCAUGAGGUCUUCCAAGUGCUCUUUGUGAAUAAAGCAGGGCUGGGAACAAA